AUAUUUAUAAUUCUAUUUCUCUUUGGAACGACUAAAGACGCCAGUUUCACAAAUGGAUUAGAUACUCUACUGACGUUUUAGACUGCGCGCAUGCGCGGGCAGCAUUGCUUGGAACUUGGAUAUUUCUAACCUAUGAAGACAGUGGGGUGUGAGAAUAGUCUUUUUAGAAGGUCUUUUUACUAAAUUUAGGCUGCUACUUCUAGACAGUUAGGCUUCAAGCGGGUAACAGAAGGAACCAAAGUAUAUGUAUAAAUGAUGGCAAAUACAGCAGAGAGAAAAUCCGAAGUAGAAUUAUUACCAUCCAGCUUCAAAUUUCAUAAUUUUGUUGCCAAAGUCGGCGAUACUAAUAUUAAUUGCCAAAUAAUAAGGAUGGAAGAUUCUUUGUAUCUGUGGAUUGGAGAUUCCGUUAAUGGCAGCAUGGAAGACUUGUCUUUUGCUCUUAUAUCAAGUUUCGAGAAACAGCCUAUUGCAACUAAAAUCAUGGGUUCUAUAGCAAAUGCUACAUCCACAAACAUGGCUAAGAGAUUAAGUAUGAAGUUUGGAAAAGCAAUAUAUGUUAGUUUUAAUAUAACUCCAAACAAUAUAAUAUUACCAGGAAUCGAAAAAAGAAUUCAAGAAGAGUUCAAGACACAUGCAGAUCUAUUGAAUCUUUGACUUCGAUUAUUGAUAAAAUACACUUUAAAUAAUAUUUAUUUAAA